AGCCCUGUCGGUCAAAUAUUCAAAUAUUUCCUCCCAGUCUGUAGGUUGUCUUUUCAUUUUGUUUAUGAUUUCAUUUGUUGUACAAAACUUUAUCAGUUUUUAGGUCCCAUUUGGUUUUUUUGCUUUUGUUUCUGUUGCCUUGGGAGACUGAUCUAAGAAAACAUUGGUAUGAUUUAUGUCAGAGAAUGAACAGAAUAUUUUCCUAUGUUCUCUUCUAGGGGUUUUAUAGUGUUGUGUCUUUAUAGUGUUGUUUACGUCUUUAAGCCAUUUUGAAGUUAUUUUGCGUAUGGUGAAAGAGUGUGUUCUAACCUCAUUGAUUUUCAUGAAGCUGUCCAGUUUUCCCAGUACCACUUGCUGAAGAGAUUGUGUUUUCCUCAUUGUAUAUUCUUACCUCCUUUGUCAAAGAUUAAUUGACCAUAGGUGUGCAGAUUUAUAUCUGAGCUCUCUAUUCUGUUCCAUCGAUCCAUGUAUCUGUUUUUGUGCCAAUACCAUGCUGUUUUAAUUACUGUGGGUUUGUAGUACUGUCUUAAGUCUUGGGAGGGUUUGCCUCCUACUUUGUUCCUUUUCCUCAGGAUUGCUUUGGCAAUUCUGGUCUUUUAGGGUUACACAUAGAGGUGACACUUAACAUUAAAGCAAAGGAGGUGAUUUAUUAUGUGGCCAUGACUUAUGCUACAAACACUUCCUCCUCCUUCAGGGUGAGCGGGAAGUUCACCCAUCGACUCGAAUGGUGGGCAGCUGGAAGGGAGUGGUGCAUCACGUUUGUGAAUUUUCCUAAGAUAACAACUGGAAGAAUUUUAACAUUUAGAAUGAAUAGAAAACAAUCUGAUUAGCAGACAGGAAGCUGUGACUUUUUAAGUCUUUGAGCUCUGAUUACUUGAUAACCUUAGUUUUCUUAUAUCCUUUCACCCUUUCUAAUCUUCUAUGGCAAAGCCUGUAUCAGAUUUCCUGUAUUUCAGAGCUCUUACCCCACCUGAACACUUCAGAGCAAAUACCAUUUAUUACGGAAGGGGCUUAGCCCCAGCCUUCAAGGCUGGUCUCACAAAGUCAUAUGACAUUUUCUCCUGGUAGGUAAAUUGUAUCAACACAUUUAACAGCAGAUUUAAGAAGCUCUUUUCACCUCUCUAAAUAUAAGGAGUUUUAUCACUCAUCAGAAAAAUAGUAUUUGACUAUAAUCUGAAUUCCAUCUAGUUUCUGAUGGGUCACUUCAAAUUCCCCAAGCUUCAGAAAUUUACUUUGGUUUUUGAAAAGAGGAAUAAGGUUUCUAUGUUUGCUAAAAUGCUUCCCAUAAAAAAGAGUCCCCCAAGGGAGCUAUUACUAUCUCAGUUAUACAAAAUAAUCACCAAAUAUAUACUUUAGAAUAAGAUGAGCUUGCAUCAUGGGAAAGUGAAUUGUUUAAAGAAGGAGCAAGAUAUAUCGGGGGGAAUUCCCAUUAGCACAAUUGAAAGUAUGAAGAAUAUACUGAGCUUGCAACUAUGGUGCUGGCCAUUCUGCUUUUAGGUUGCUCGAGUCAUUUAAAUCUUGGCUUUAUAAGCAAAGGCUACAACUUCACAGUCUUUUUGGGUUUGCUGACAUAAUGAUCUACUCCAGGCUGGGUGCAGCCUGAGCCACUGUGCUCUCUGACGCUGUAUUUGAAAGGUGGGGAGGGUGCAGCUGUGCGGCCCCCCAGACACCUGAGUCCAGAAUAUUGCUGAAUUUUGCUUCAUUUCUGUGCUCUGUGGAAAGCUGGAAGUGCCCCAACUCUCUCUUGGGUUUGGCUUCCUGUUCACAUGUUUUCUGGUCUCAUGUCAUUGUGCAUGAAGUAAUAGUCCCACAUGCGUGCACCAUCCACAAGGCAAGAUUUGUGUAGUUCAGUGUGAAGUUUUCUAAUGAGGACAUUUUGGACCUUCCAACAACUCCUUAGGGAAAGCAGUUGGGAACUGGUUAUUACUUUCCAGGGUGAAGAGAGCAGAGACAGAAUGCCUUUCUGCAACACAGCUAAAGCCACUUUUAGGAAACAGUGGAAGGACAGCUGCUUAAGGCACAUCAACAUUUAUUUUGCACAUCUAUCUAAACACAUGUAUAUGUACAGCAUAAAGAAUUGCCUCCAAUUCACAGUUUAAACAUAUCAGUUACUCUUUCAGCAUUUCACCAGCCAUGAAUGGUGCUAGUGUUUUCCACCAAUGACCGCUAUUUUAAUGACAUUUCUCUGCAGCAAAAUCUGAUGAGUUUAGGAAGUUUGAGAGCCAGGAAAUGCAGCUCAGUUUCUGAACAACUGAGAAAGCCGGGAGAGUUCAUUUCAAUCAUCUUCUUGCCUUAUAGCAUGGAUUCCUAAGCGCUAAGGGCAGUAACGCUAGUACAGAGGGAGAAGCCAAACCAAACUUUUAAAGUACGGCUCUUAAACCAUCAAGCUUAAUUUCCCAACAUCUCAUCAGCAGGUGAAAUUUUGGCGCAUGCCCUUGUGGAUGCUGAUGUCAAAUGAAUGGGCAUAUGUGCCAAGAUCUUACAGAACAAGAAGAGAUUUUGGAGGUCUUCCAAGCUUACCUUUUAUUUUACCAACAGAGAAACUGAGACUCAUGGGAGCUCUCGCCUAACACACACAUACACACACACCCUAUGUCUGAGUCUUAUGCUGAAUCAUGGCUGGCAGAAAAUAUUAUGGUUUGGGCUUAAGAAAAAGGAAGGACAACAUGACUCAAAGCUGGGUCCCCUGCUCCAUUGAGGUUCGUGUGGCCCUGUAGGGCUGGGGGCCACCCAUGUAGACCUGCUUCAGGAGCCAUUUGAGGGGGUCAGAUUAGGUGGAUUUGACCAAAACGUGAAUAAACUUCCAAACAAACCAAGAGUCAAGGUGUGACUCAGGUUCUGCCUGUACAGCGGGGCUCAAUCUGUGCAUGGGAGCUAUGGGGCCACAGCGUGAUUAGAGCAUAAAGGGAGACAGAGCAGGUACAGUCCUCACACACAGAAUCUUAAGACCUGAUCAGAGAAAUGUAAUAUUCCUUCGUCUAGGCAGCAGCAGAAACCCUGUAACUAAAUGCUGCAUCGUGUGGCUGAGAUUUUAAGUGUUGUAGGUGUUCUGGGGGGAGAUAAAUGAAAAUCAAGGUUAUUGGCUGAUCCUAGAGGGGGCUUAGCAUUGUCUGAUGGGGAGGGAAUAAAGGCAAACUUUUCCAGCAGAAUUGAAAGCUUGGAGGUCUCAUGGCUCAGACCCCAAGGAAGCCUGUCUGACGGGUGUUCUCCAGGAGCACCUGUCCGCCUGAGCAAUGGACUUGAGCCCUGGGACUGAUAUCCAUCACUAUCUACUAAACCGUUACUGAAACAAGUAUUCCCCCCAAACUAGGUAUAAAGUAAUUAUAUUUAUAUAACUAUAAAUCCACAGUGAUAUAAUUACACUUACCAAAUGGAAAAUCCAAAAUAAAUUGCCAAUAAAUAUAAACAAAACCAUCAACCGGUAGUAUCCCAUUGGUGGAACUGAAUUAAUUGGUUAAAAUUAGAACCACUAGUUUUAUUUGCCAGAUGAUGCUGUCUUGCGGAAACUAAAGAAUAAAUUUGUUUUAACCAGGGUUCAUUAAUGAAACUGUAAAAAAAAAAAAAAGAGAGAGAGAGAGAGAGAGAAAUAUUAUAAAUAAAAAUGUCCAUUGUACAUCUUGUAUUAAGACUACUGAAAAUGAAUUAUUACAAGUUGGCACAGAGAAAGGAAGAAAGGAUCCAGGCCAUCCGUCUGCUGGCGUCACAGUUGUGGAACUAAGAAGCAUGGCAGCUCAGCCAUCCAGUCACCUUACUCUCUCUCAGCAAAUAAAACUUCAUUCAGCCCAGCAGAAAUAUUUGACUUUCACAUGCAUACACAUUAUCAAGCAAGUAUAAAUACCUGCCUUUGUUUUUUAAAAGCCUAGAGCUCUUAAAUUAUUAUUCUCCCCCACAUGAUCAUUUUAAUGAUGACAAAGCAAAGUCUUCAUUUACAAAAUUUAUGAAAACUCUGGCCUCAUUCCAUGAAAAUGUCUUUUGAUGGCACAUUACCACUGCAGGGGAAGUUGUGUCUUUUUUCUUAUUGGCUUUAAAAAAAAAAAAAAAUCCAGCGCUGGUAAUAAUGGUUACCAGCGGUUACUGAGCACUUAUGACGGGACAGUGUUCUUCUAAAUUUUUUCACUCGAAUGUUUGCGUGUAAUCCUCACAUCAACCCUAUAGGACAGAUGCUAUUUUUAAUCCUCAUUUUUUCAGAGGAGGCUACUGAGGCAUUGAGAAAUAAAGUAACUGGCUCAAGGUCACGUAGCCAAUGGAUGCUGAAGCCUGGAAUGCAGGCAUCUAAUUCCAGGGUCUGCUGCUCCCAGGAGUAGAUUCAAAAUAACCACAGAAAGGAUGUUGUUCUUUGACAUUAGUCUAAUCCAGCAUGACCACAGCCAGAUACUUGUAGCCUCACGAUCACAUGUAAACAGGGUGCCAUGCACCAUUAUAAGCAUCAACAGUUAUAAGUCUUCCCCGAACACAUUUUACAAAUGGAGAUGUGUGUGAGGCUUACACUCACUUGUAAUAUUAUCAGAGACAUGGAAGCAGAGACUAUGAAAGUCCUCCUAGAACUCACCAACUCCCAGGCUGAGAAGGGAGCUGACUGGGCUGGGCGUGCCAGAAAACAGAGGGUGGAGGAGUUGAUCUGCCGGAAAUGGAAAGAGACAUGAUAAGGGUAAGGAUGGCGUGGGAGGAAGAGUCCCGAGGCAGAAGGCCAGCUGCAGGGAGGUCCUGCUGCAACAAUCUCUGUAAGAGCGAAGCUUCCAGAACAGAGCAGAGAACCUGGGGCUGCCCACGUUUCACCCGAAUCACCAGGGCCAGUUCAGAACAGGAAGAGAUUCCAGAUCUAUUGCGUUGACAUAAUCAACGCCCAUUACCUCUGAGAUUAUUCACUGGUGAGGAGGACCCCAUCUGCAGAUGUCCUGAAUACCUCUGAGUACAGAAAUCGAUCAUUCAACCAGGAUACCUAAUUCAAGACCUGCAGGAACCAGGAGAGACAGACAUUUUGAUAGUUUUGUGACGUUGGACCGAACAGAAUGAAGUACUCUUGCUGUGCCCUGGUCUUGGCCGUCCUGGGCACAGAACUACUGGGAAGCUUCUGUUCUUCGACUGUCAGAUCUCCGAGGUUCCGAGGACGGAUGCAGCAGGAACGGAAGAACAUCCGGCCCAACAUCAUUCUUGUGCUGACCGAUGAUCAGGAUGUAGAGCUGGGGUCCCUGCAAGUCAUGAACAAAACCCGAAAGAUUAUGGAGCUCGGGGGAGCCACUUUCACCAACGCCUUCGUGACGACACCCAUGUGCUGCCCCUCGCGCUCCUCCAUGCUUACGGGCAAGUACGUGCACAACCACAACGUCUACACCAACAACGAGAACUGCUCUUCCCCCUCCUGGCAGGCGGUACACGAGCCACGGACGUUUGCCGUCUAUCUGAACAGCACUGGCUACAGAACAGCCUUUUUUGGAAAAUACCUCAAUGAGUAUAAUGGCAGCUACGUCCCUCCUGGGUGGCGAGAAUGGCUUGGAUUAAUCAAGAAUUCUCGUUUCUAUAAUUACACUGUUUGUCGCAAUGGCAUCAAAGAAAAGCAUGGAUUUGAUUAUGCAAAGGACUACUUCACAGACUUAAUCACUAACGAGAGCAUUAAUUACUUCAAAAUGUCUAAGAGAAUGUAUCCCCAUAGGCCCAUUAUGAUGGUGAUCAGCCACGCGGCGCCCCACGGCCCCGAGGACUCGGCCCCACAGUUUUCAAAACUGUACCCCAAUGCCUCCCAACACAUAACUCCUAGUUAUAACUAUGCACCAAAUAUGGAUAAACACUGGAUUAUGCAGUACACAGGACCCAUGCUGCCCAUCCACAUGGAAUUUACAAACGUCCUGCAUCGCAAACGGCUUCAGACUUUGAUGUCAGUGGAUGAUUCUGUGGAAAGGCUGUAUAACAUGCUGGUGGAGACGGGUGAGCUGGAAAACACUUACAUCAUCUACACCGCCGACCACGGUUACCACAUCGGCCAGUUUGGGCUGGUCAAGGGGAAAUCCAUGCCAUAUGACUUUGAUAUCCGCGUGCCUUUCUUUAUUCGUGGUCCAAGUGUAGAACCAGGAUCCAUAGUCCCACAGAUCGUUCUAAACAUUGACCUGGCCCCAACCAUCCUGGACAUUGCUGGGCUCGACACGCCUCCCGACGUGGAUGGCAAGUCUGUCCUCAAGCUUCUGGACCUGGAGAAACCAGGUAACAGGUUUCGAACAAACAAGAAGGCCAAAAUUUGGCGUGAUACAUUCCUCGUGGAAAGAGGGAAAUUUCUGCGUAAGAAGGAAGAUUCCAACAAGAACAUCCAACAGUCAAAUCACCUGCCCAAAUAUGAGAGGGUUAAAGAACUGUGCCAGCAGGCCAGGUACCAGACCGCCUGUGAACAACCUGGGCAGAAGUGGCAGUGCGUCGAGGACACGUCUGGCAAGCUUCGAAUUCACAAGUGCAAAGGGUCCAGUGACCUGCUGGCCGUGCGGCAGAGCGCGAGGCAGCUCUUUUCUCGUGGCUUCCACGACAAGGACAAAGAGUGCAGUUGUGGAGACAACGGUUAUCGGGCCAGCAGAAGCCAGAGGAAGAGUCAGAGGCAGUUCCUGAGGAACCAGGGAACCCCGAAGUACAAGCCCAGAUUUGUCCAUACCCGGCAGACACGUUCCUUGUCCGUCGAAUUUGAAGGCGAGAUCUAUGACAUAAACCUGGAAGAAGAAGAACUUCAGGUGUUGCAACCAAGAAGCAUCACCAAGCGUCACAGUGAAGGCCGCCAGGGGCCGGGAGGGCACCAGGCUGCCAGCGGUGGCGACGGGGACACCAUGCUGGCCGACAGUGGCAAUGCCGUGGGCCUACCCACCACCGUCCGGGUGACGCACAAGUGCUUUAUUCUUCCAAAUGAUACAAUCCAUUGUGAGAGAGAGCUUUAUCAAUCAGCCAGAGCCUGGAAGGACCACAAGGCAUACAUUGAUAAGGAGAUUGAAGCUUUGCAAGAUAAAAUUAAGAAUUUAAGAGAGGUGAGAGGACAUCUGAAGAGAAGGAAACCUGAGGAGUGUGGCUGCAGUAAACAGAGCUAUUACAACAAAGAGAAAGGUGUAAAAAAGCAAGAGAAAUUAAAGAGCCAUCUUCACCCAUUCAAAGAAGCUGCUCAGGAAGUAGACAGCAAACUGCAGCUUUUCAAGGAGACCCGCAGAAGGAAGAAAGAGAGGAAGGAGAAGAAACGGCAGCGGAAGGGGGAGGAGUGCAGCCUGCCCGGCCUCACCUGCUUCACCCACGACAACAACCACUGGCAGACGGCGCCGUUCUGGAACCUGGGCUCUUUCUGUGCGUGCACCAGUUCUAACAAUAACACCUACUGGUGUCUGCGGACAGUUAAUGAGACGCAUAAUUUUCUUUUCUGCGAGUUUGCCACUGGCUUUCUGGAGUAUUUUGAUAUGAAUACAGAUCCUUAUCAGCUCACCAACACUGUGCACACGGUAGAAAGGGGCGUUUUGAAUCAGCUACACGUGCAACUGAUGGAGCUCAGGAGCUGUCAAGGGUAUAAGCAAUGCAACCCCAGACCUAAGGGCCUUGAACUUGAGGACAGUUAUGGGAUGGAUGGGAAGGUUAACCUGGCCCCUCUCACUGCAGACGUCAACUGGCAAGGCCUGGAGGAGGUUUACGGUGGGAAUGGAAGCGUCUACGAGGACAGACAGAACUCUAGACUUAGUCUGGUUGACUGGACUAAUUACUUGAAGGAUGUAGAUAGAGUAUUUGCACUGCUGAACCGUCACCAUGAGCAAAAUAGAAUAAACCAGACUACACGUGCUCAGAGUGAUGGGUUCCUGGCUGUGUCUGCUGAGCGCUCUGCUCCGGCAGAGACAGCCUCCGCGGAGUCAGAUAAAGACCCCGGGCGUAGGGUUGAAGAAGCGCCUCCUUUGACCUUGCCAGCUGACCUUCCAACCCUGCAUUCGAAUCGACCCACAUUCAGUCCCGAGAGUAAACUUGAAUGGAAUAACGACAUUCCGGAAGUCAAUCGUUUGAAUUCUGAACACUGGAGAAAUCAUAAAACUGACAAAUGGAUGGAACGUGAAGGGAUCCAGCGUCUUGAACCUGAUUGGAGUGGCGAUGGCCCGGCCGAGCUGGGGCAGCCCAGGAGCGGGCACCAGAAGGCACUUCCCCAGGACGAUCACCCAAGAGAAGAUGCUGCCGACGACCGCCUGCAUCUUCCUGUGCGGAUGAUGAAAGUGUCCACCGUGGAGCAGGCUGCUUCCUCCAGCAGCACCGAGAGGAUGUCGAACAAGGUGGAAGAGAAUCACAGAAGGGGGAGCUACCAGGGUCAGGAAGGCAGUGCCUCCUUUCCACUCUCCUCUGAUUAGAUGCCCUGUUCCCUUACCCUAAACACAGUAUUUUUUUUUUUUUUUAACUUUUUCCUAGUCAACUAAUAAAGGCAAUCAUGACAACCAA